AUUCAUUUUCACUCAUCGCUGGUGGUAGCCGUACGCUGUGCUUGACAGAUUCAGACUGAUUAAAUAAAUCUAUGGGAGGGUUGCCACUUUCAUUGACUUAUCGACCAAUUUCUUUCUUGCCUGUAAAGUCUCUUUUUUUCAGUUUUAAUUGUCCUGUGUGUUGAUAACGUAAUUUGAUGUAACUCACAAAUGAACGUAACUUGUCUUCUGUCAAGGAAAAUCAUUCACAUUGGAGACUUACACCGGUGACGCCCUUUUACUCAUAAGAAUACGAAGGCAAUUAGUCAGAUCGUGUGUGACGUGAUACUGAUAGGGUUGUGAAGAAAAGUCACAUUUUUUAAGUACCCAGCUUAAAAAUGGAUAGCAAGGGUCGGAAGGUCAUCGUAUGUGACAAUGGAACAGGGUUUGUCAAAUGUGGAUAUGCUGGAGCAAACUUUCCAGAGUAUAUUUUCCCAUCAAUUGUUGGCAGACCUAUUAUCAGAGCUGUUAAUAAGAUUGGAGACAUCGAUGUGAAGGAUCUAAUGGUUGGGGAUGAAGCGAGUAAACUUCGUUCCAUGUUGGAAAUUAGUUACCCAAUGCAAAAUGGAAUCGUUAGGAACUGGGAGGAUAUGUGCCAUGUGUGGGACUAUACAUUUGGAAAGGAAAAGAUGAAUAUCACACCUAGAGAGUGCAAAAUUCUUCUUACGGAACCUCCAAUGAAUCCAACAACGAAUCGAGAAAAAAUGAUCGAGGUGAUGUUCGAGAAAUAUGGUUUCGCUGGAACUUAUAUAGCCAUUCAGGCAGUCCUUACCCUGUACGCUCAAGGUUUAAUCAGCGGGGUCGUCGUAGACUCAGGCGAUGGUGUAACCCACAUCUGUCCAGUAUAUGGGGAGUAUGCUCUAACGCAUCUUACACGAAGAUUGGAUAUCGCAGGCCGUGAUAUUACCAUGUAUCUUAUCAAGCUUCUUUUACUACGUGGCUAUGCCUUUAAUCAUUCAGCAGAUUUCGAGACUGUGCGAAUGCUUAAAGAAAAAUUGUGCUACAUAGGAUAUAAUAUUGAAACGGAAGAGAAGUUGGCACGAGAGACCACCGUUUUGGUAGAGUCCUAUACUCUUCCUGACGGCCGAGUUAUAAAAGUUGGUGGGGAAAGAUUUGCUGCACCAGAAGCACUGUUUCAGCCACAUUUAAUUAAUAUAGAAGCGCAGGGAAUAGCUGAAUUAGUAUUCAGUACAAUUCAGGCUGCUGACAUUGAUAUGAGAGGCGAAUUGUAUAAGCACAUAGUAUUGAGUGGCGGUAGCACAAUGUAUCCUGGACUUCCAUCUCGAUUAGAGCGUGAAAUAAAACAGCUGUAUCUCCAGAGAGUACUUAAAAACGACACGACUAAGUUAGGGAAAUUCAAAAUAAAAAUUGAAGACUCACCACGGCGUAAGGACAUGGUGUUUAUGGGAGGUGCAGUGCUAGCUGAGAUCACUAAGGAUAGAGACUCAUUCUGGAUCACUCGUGAGGAAUAUGAAGAAAAUGGUCUCAAUGUGUUGAAGAAAUUACGUUAGAAUCACCAGGGGAAUUAACAUGGAUAAAGAAUAAUGUAAGAGACUAUAUGCUGAAUAGAAUUAGUGAUCAGUGUUGCUUACAAAUGAUACAUGCAACAAGCGCUAUUCACACGAAAUCGUGCGCGCGGGUAUCACGAAAGUGCAUUCAAAAAUUCUAUAAUGAACUUCGUUGAUGAUAGAAUAAAGUCAUAUUUUAUUCCGUUUUUAGGCAAAUAUAUGUUCGAAUUUUUAUAUAAUAGUGUAAAUACUGAUUUGAAUGUAUCACAUAGAAAUGAACAAUCGUAGUCGUAAUGGACCGUAUGAUAUCCAGGAUUCGCAUUAACUGUCUUUGCCGAUACAAUUUUAUUUACGGUUAGAAAGUGAUAAAAUAUUGAUUGAAGAUUAAGGCUAUUGUUAUGACGUGAAAAUGAAUGAGUACUCUUGUUCUUUUUGUUUUUAAUUCGAAAACGGUGUUCUCUUUCUACAGCAAGUCUUUAAUUAACAUUAUUACAGUUGGAGUAUUAAUAAUCCGUUAAAUGUAUUUUAUCUAAUAUUAGCCAUUGUCACCUGUACAUCAUCAGAUUUUUUAUACCUACUUAAUGAAUGAAGGGGAGAACGAGAGUAUAAGAAAAGGGUGCAUUUAAAAUACGAAAAUUCUAGGCCCAAAUGAUGAACGUUCCCAGUAAUUUAAAUGAAGUUCUGGUUACAAUUUACAAUAAAGUGUUAUUAAGCUAUUUUACAGCUGUAUAUAGCCUAGGACAAUUUUGUAUUUUUAAUUUUAAGGUCGAAAAAAUAAAUUUAAUUCUUAAUACAA